AACCAAGCAGCCAAGAAAAAACAGUCCGUGUUUUGCGAUUCGCGCCAAGUUGAAAGCGCGAGCUCUCAUCUCUUCCUUUCCUUUGUGUAUCACUUGUGCAUGUUCCUGUAGGGGCGUGCGAAGCGGGUUAAAUUCUUGGCGACUAAGGCAACUUGAUACGGCUACUUUUCUCCCAAACAUCUGUACACACCGUAUCGCAACCAUGUCCGUCAGCGUAGAGUCUGGAUUUUCAAACGACGAGGUGCUGAACAUUCGUUACCCUCUCCACCGGGCGUGCAGGGAUGGAGACGUUGUUGCUUUGUGUUCGCUUCUUCAGUGCACCACAAACCAAGCAGACCUCAUCACGGAAGACUCCGUCUAUGGCUGGAGUCCCAUUCAUUGGGCAGCACAUUUUGGAAAGUUGGAGUGUGUAAUGUGCCUGGUGCAGGUGGGCUGCAAGGUGGACGCCAUGACGAUGAGGUUUGCCCAGACGCCCGCACACAUCGCGGCUUUUGGAGGCCACCCAGAGUGUGUGCUGUGGCUGUUGCAGGCAGGGGCCGACAUCAACAGACAGGACUAUGUAGGUGAGAGCCCUAUCCACAAGGCAGCCCGGGCUGGUAGUAUGGAGUGUGUCAAGGCCCUCUUGAUACAGGGUGCUAAACCGGACUUAAGGAACGCUAAUGGCUUGACGGCGGCAGACCUGGCCCACGCCCAGGGCUUCUGGGAGUGCGCCCAGCUGCUCUCCAAUGCUCAAAACCACCUCAACCAGCUCAAUGGUUUCCACUCCAACGGGGCACUAAACGGCCACCGCUCUCUCAGCCAAAGCCAGGGUCUCCUCAAUGGGCUGGCCAAUAGAAAGAGGCUUCUGGACGGUGUGGAGCCCAAUCGCAUCAAGAAGGCCAGAACAGACGGUGUGGACCUGCCCAAGUGGAUGCAGCAUGGCUGCGGGGAGGAGCUGGAGACCAUGUAUAUGGAGUCUGCAGACCCUGUCUCAGCAGAUGACCCCAAAGCCACCACGGGUCAGACGAACGGCAACAAUGGGCCACAGAACGGUGCCAUCUCCACCAAUGGCCACAUGCCAAAACACCUAAGUGGGGACAACCCUGCUGUGCUGUCAACCGGCUUCUCCACGCCAUGGGGACUGCCGGCCGUGGCUACUUCCACUGAAAACGGUCUGUCGUCAUCACGGCUAGCUAAUCAGGAGGCGGAGGAGACCCGGCGGCAUUCAGCCCACGAGAUGUGCGGUUCGCUACACCUGACGGGAAGCCCCAGCAGCUGCGUGUCCCACCGACCCUCCUGGGAGGCCAUGGCCAGCGACCUGGGAGACACUCUGCACUACGGACAUUACCAUGGCUUUGGGGACACUGCAGAGGACCUGGCUGAAGAGCACAGCAACUCGGUGUGCGUGGAGCAGUGUUACGACCAGGCCGUGCUCAGUGACAUGCACCUCUACCACGGAUCCUAAAUUGGGGAGGCUGGCCCUUCCCAUGUAAGUAGUCAGUCUAUCUACCUACCCCAGCGGUGACACAACUUUGCAUAGAGCCGCUAGCCUGCCUUAAAAUCCAAUGGUUACCAUAACAUCAUUGUUGCACUGGGGAUGGAGUGGAGAGCGACACUUUGGCCCAUCUACCAAAGGGAACAAGCACAGUUGAAGUCGGAAGUUUACAUACACCUUAGCCAAAUACAUUUAAACUCAGUUUUUCACAAUACCUGAUAUUUAAUCCUAGUAAAAACGGCCUGUCUUUGGUCAGUUAGGAUCACUUUAUUUUAAGAAUGUGAUGUCAGAAUAAUAGUAGAGAGAAUUAUUUCUUUCAACUUUUAUUUCUUUCAUCACAUUCCCAGUGGGUCAGAAGUUUACAUACACUCAAUUAGUAUUUGGUAGCAUUGCCUUUAAAUUGUUUACCUUGGGUCAAACUUUUCGGGUAGCCUUCCACACUCUUCCCAUAAUAAGUUGGGUGAAUUUUGGCCCCAGUUUUCUAUGGGAUUGAGGUCAGGGCUUUGUGAUGGCCACUCCAAUACCUUGACUCUGUUGUCCUUAAACCAUUUUGCCACAACUUUGGAAGUAUGCUUGGGGUCAUUGUCCAUUUGGAAGGCCUAUUUGCGACCAAAGCGUUAACUUCCUGACUGAUGUCUUGAGAUGUUCAAUAUAUCCACAUUAUUUUCCAUCCUCAUGAUGCCACCUAUUUUGUGAAGUGCACCAGUCCCUCCUGCAGAAAAGCACCCCCACAACAUGAUGCUGCCACCCACGUGCUCCACAUUUGGGAUGGUGUUCUUCAGCUUGCAAGCCUCCCCCUUUUUCCUCCAAACAUAACAACGGUCAUUAUGGUCAAACUGUUCUAUUUUUGUUUCAUCAGACCAGAGGACAUGUCUCCAAAAAUUACGAUCUUUGUCCCCAUGUGCAGUUGCGAACUGUGUCUGGCUUUUUUAAUGGCGGUUGUGGAGCAGUGGCUUCUUCCUUGCUGAGUGGCCUUUCAGGUUAUGUCGAUAUAGGACUUGUUUUACUGUGGAUAUCCAGUCAUGGCCAAAAGUUUUGAGAAUGACACAAAUAUUAAUUUCCACAAAGUGUGGCUUCAGUGUCUUUAGACACUGAUGUUACUAUGGAAUACUGAAGUAUAAUUACAAGCAUUUUGUAAGUGUCAGACUUUUAUUGACAAUUAUAUGAAGUUGAUGCAAGGAGUCAAUAUUUGUAUUGUUGACCCUUCUUUUUCAAGACCUCUGUAAUCCACCCUGGCAUGCUGUCAAUUAACUUCUCGGCCACAUCCUGACUGAUGGCAGUACAUUCUUGCAUAAUCAAUGUUUGUCAGAAUUUGUGGGUUUGUUUGUCCACCUGCCUCUUGAAGAUUGAACACAAGUUCUCAAUGGGAUUAAGGUCUGGGGAGUUUCCUGGCGAUGGUCCCAAAAUAUUGAUGUUUUGUUCCCCAAGCCACUUAGUUAUCACUUUUGCCUUAUGGCAAGGUUUGCCAUCAUGCUGGAAAAGGCAUUGUUUGUCACCAAACUGUUCCUGGAUGGUUGGGAGAAGUUGCCCUCGGAGGAUGUGACCGGAGGAUGUGUUGGUACCAUUCUUUAUUCAUGGCUGUGUUCUGAGGCAAAAUUGUGUGUGAGCCCACUCCCUUGGCUUAGAAGCAACCCCACACAUGAAUGGUCUCAAGAUACUUUACUGUUGGCAUGACACAUGACUGAUGGUAGCGCUCACCUUGUCUUCUCCGGACAAGCUUUUUUCCGGAUACCCCAAACAAUCAGAAAGGGGUUUCGUCAGAGAAAAUGACUUUACCCCAGUCCUCAGCAGUUCAAUCCCUGUACCUUUUGCAGAAUGUCAGUAUGUCCCUGAUGUUUUUCCUGGAGAGACGUGGCUUCUUUGCUGCCCUUCUUGACACCAGGCCAUUCUCCAAAAGUCUUCGCCUCACAGUGUGUGCAGAUGCACUCACACCUGCCUGCUGCCAUUCCUGAGCAAGCUCUAUACUGGUGGUGCCCAGAUCCUGCAGCUGAAUCAACUUUAGGAGCAAUUCAUCUGAUCACUCUUCAUAACAUUCUGGAGUAUAUGCAAAUUUCCAUCAUACAAACUGAGGCAGCAGACUUUGUGAAAAUGUAUAUUUGUGUCGUUCUCAAAACUUUUGGUCACGACUGGAUAAUUUUGUACCUGUUUCCUCCAGCAUCUUCACAAGGUCCUUUGCUGUUGUUCUGGGAUUGAUUUGCACUUUUUGCACCAAAGUACGUUCAUCUCUAGGAGACAGAAUGCGUCUCCUUCCUGAACGGUAUGACGGCUGCGUGGUCCCAUGGUGUUUAAACUUGCGUACUAUUGUUUGUACAGAUGAAAGUGGUAUUUCCAGGCGUUUGGAAAUUGCUCCCAUGGAUAAACCAGACUUGUGGAUUUCUACAAUUUAUUUUCUGUGGUCUUGGCUGAUUUCGUUUUAAUUUUACCAUGAUGUCAAGCAAGAGGCACGAAGUUCAAAGGUAGGCCUUGAAAUAGAUCCACAGGUACACCCCCAAUUAACUCAAAUGAUCAGAAGCUUCUAAAGCCAUGACAUCAUUUUCUGGAAUAUUCCAAGCUGUUUAAUGGCACAGUCAACUUGGUGUAUGUAAAGUUCUGACCCACUGGAAUUGCGAUACAGUGAAUUAUAAGUGAAAUAAUCUUGUCUGUAAACAAUUGUUAGAAAAAUUACUUGUCAUGCACAAAGUAGAUGUCCUAACCAACUUGCCAAAACUAUAGUUUGUUAACAAGAAGUUUGUGGAGUGGUUGAAAAACAAGUUUUAAUGACUUGUUUGUGUAUGUAAACCUCUGUCUUCAACUGUAGCAUUGUCGUUUUUGUAUUUGAUAUUUGAAAUUCUUAUUUUAUUACUGUCUGUUGUAGCGCAAGAGAUGUGAUUGUGGUAAGCUGAUCCUAGUUUGUCUGGUGAUGGUAUUGCAUAAAAUGCAGGUUAUUAGAAUUAUGAGUUAUGAUAAGUCGGCGAUGCCUGUUUUUUAUUUUUUUUUAGACCAAAAGGGUAAAUUACUUGUGUUUGGCAUGUAGGUUAUGUGCCAACACUUAUGUUAAAUCUAUUAUGGCAUAAAAAAAAGUGUUUUUACUCAGUUUGUUUUACCUUGUUGUUCAUUGUCUGUACUUGGAGCACUGCAAACAGUAUUUAUCAUGUAGACAAUCUGUAAACUGACUUAUGACAGUCCUUUUUAGAUUCAUUUUUUUGGGUCUUCUGAAAUAAACGUGUUACCAAAUUGCA